AUGAAGGGCUUCAGACAGAGAGUGCACGAGCAGUUGUCGAGGGCGAAAGAUGCGAACAAAUCCUCCAAGAAGAAAGAUUCCUCCCACUCGUCCCAGAACAACGCCGCCCUCGGGGCUCACCAUGGCCAACAAUCUUCGUCCCCCAACCAGGGCACCCCGACCUCGUCCACAACAUCUGUGAAUGAUACUAGAGGAAAGUCGCCGGAGAGCUCUGCGCAGGCUGGAAUUUACCCUCCUGGUACUCCUACCAAGCAGGGACAGCCGAUGGCUCCUAGUGUAAUCAUAAGCCCAAGUGGUCCUGGUGCCGUUCUGAUCAUGGCUUUUGCGCAGCAUCAUGUUCCCCCUCCCGGUGCGGCCGAGACGAUGCCAGGCGAUCUGGCCCCCCCGAGGAAGUCCCAUGUCUUCGAUCGCCUGCAGACAACGCCCAAGGACAUCUCCGAAGGUAUCAGAACCCCCAAGCGCCAGCAUUCGUCGCGAUUCGAUAUUUCCGACCAGCGCCAGCGCGAGCUCGAGAAACUCCCCGGCUUCCACGAGGUCCCGCCCAAUAGACGUCAGGAUCUGUUCAUGCAGAAAAUCGACCAGUGCAACAUCAUCUUCGACUUCAAUGAUCCGACGGCUGAUAUGAAAUCUAAGGAGAUCAAGAGACUGGCGCUCCACGAACUCCUAGAUUACAUCGCCAACAACCGCUCCGUCAUCACAGAACCGAUGUACCCUCGAGUCGUCGAGAUGUUCGCUAAGAACCUCUUCCGACCCAUCCCACCUCCCGUGACCCCCCAGGGCGAGGCCUUCGACCCCGAAGAGGACGAACCGGUGUUGGAAGUGGCGUGGCCGCACAUCCAGGUAGUUUAUGAAUUCUUCCUGCGAUUCAUCGAAAGCCAAGAUUUCAACACCAACAUCGCCAAGGCGUACAUCGACCACCAUUUUGUUCUUCAGUUGCUCGAGCUGUUUGACUCGGAAGAUCCCCGCGAACGCGAUUUCCUCAAGACUACCCUGCACCGGAUCUACGGAAAGUUCCUCAAUCUGCGCUCGUACAUCCGCCGAUCCAUCAACAACGUUUUCUUCCAGUUCACCUACGAGACGGAGCGGUUCAAUGGUAUCGCCGAACUGCUGGAAAUUCUGGGCUCGAUCAUCAACGGAUUCGCACUCCCCUUGAAGGAGGAGCACAAGCUGUUCCUGACCAGGGUCUUGCUCCCUCUGCACAAAGUCAAGAGUUUGAGCAUGUACCACCCGCAACUGGCCUACUGUAUCGUUCAGUUCCUUGAAAAGGACUCGACCCUGACGGAAGAUGUCGUUCUUGGACUCUUGCGUUACUGGCCUAAGACCAACAGUACCAAAGAAGUCAUGUAUCUCAACGAAGUCGAGGACAUCUUCGAGGUGAUGGAUCCCGCCGAAUUCGCCAAGGUCCAGGUGCCCUUGUUCCAGCAACUCGCCAAGUCUGUGGCCAGCCCACACUUCCAGGUUGCCGAACGCGCAUUGUACUUCUGGAACAACGAAUACUUCUGCAACCUUGUCAGUGACAAUGUGGAAAUUAUCCUACCCAUCAUGUUUCCACCACUAUACGAGAACUCUAAAGGUCACUGGAAUAGAACAAUUCAUAGCAUGGUAUAUAAUGCCAUGAAAAUGUUCAUGGAAAUCAACCCCCAGCUGUUCGAUGAAUGCUCUCAUGAAUACAAUGAGCGACAGAACAGUGCCGAGCAACGGGAACAGAGCCGGCAGACCAGAUGGGAUAAGGUGUUGGAACAAGCCAACGAAAGGAAGAAUGGGGUCGCGCCUCCGCCGCAAUGUCAGAUCGCUGAGAUUCCCGUGCAGCUGGAUGAUAUCGACUCGGUCACUCAUGACAGCCAAAAGCGCCUUCAUGCCCUGAAACUGGACGAUUCAGGAGCGUCGACGGAGCGGAGGUCUCGGGAGAAUACGGCGACCUCGGUGAGUGAUGGACUUCCUUGA